AGGCAGGGCACACCGGCGUUAUCAGUGGGAGAGCCGGAGAGUACGGAUUACACUAUUCCGUACCUCCGCGUACUUCCGUGGAAGAACCCUGAACCCCCAGGACAGCGGCGUGACAGGAUUGCUAAGAAGUGCAGGGGACCGGAAAUAACUUGGCACCCCCCACACUGCUGAUUCAACCAUGCCCGGUUCAAUUCACCCAGCCCUCGGUCACCCCGCUGACCACCCGCUCCUACUGCGGCAGGAGCGGUGCGUCUCGGAUGGAGUUAAUAAAUCCUCACCCGUCGGCCCCGAGCGUCCCCAGGAUUCCCAAGCCGCGCUACCUCUCGUGCUGUCGCCCCUGGACAACGGCGUUAAGUGUCCUGCAUCGCCCGACGUCGUCGUCGCUGCUGCACCUGUCACUCCCACCUCGGCCGUCCCCUCAAACAGGAAUGAUGAACCCGCUGCGCACCCUCAACCGUCUCUGCCUGCAGUAGGCCGGCCUGCACCGCCGGACUCCGACUCCCUCCAGCCCAGCACCCAGCCGCUUCCCGCUGAUUCUGCGGCUGCCCGUGGUCACCGCAAGAACGCGCUCUCGCUUGAGUCUGUCCCGCGACAGACGAUUAUGAAAGCACUGGCGUCGGUCGCACGCAGCAACAGGCCCCAAGCACUAUCGCUCACCGGCAUGCUCUCCGCUCACGGCGCCCCGCAGGGCGGCGACACCCGGCCCGCGUCCUCGUCAUCCCAGCAGCUCUGCGACGCCCUCAACGGCCUCGCCCAGGCACAAAACUCUCGCUCCAAUGCGACCGCGACGCCGACUGCCGCCUUCCCCUCGCUGCAAUCGCCCUGCUUCUACCACAAUCGCUUCGAUGACGCCGUCGACAUUGAAAAAGUUCUCGAGGAAAUCAAGAAUGACGAGUGGAUGUCGCACUCGCGCUUGGUGCAGACAGCCACCGGCGUCCGCGAGGUGUCCAAACAGCUCCAACGGCGUCCGAUCAAGCGCGCUGUCAAGAACGUUAUGAUCGUGACCAAGGCCCGUGACAAUCAGCUGGUUCUGCUCACGCGGGAGCUGGCCCUGUGGCUGCUGCAGACGCCGCGGUAUGGAUCUGACUUGGGGGUCAAUGUCUAUGUCGAUGCGAAGUUGCGCCACUCGAAACGCUUCAACGCUCGCGGGAUCACGGAUGAGAACCCACGGUUCGCCGAGAUGCUGAGGUACUGGACGCCUGAUCUGUGCUGGAGCCAGCCGGAGAAGUUCGACCUGGUGCUCACCCUCGGCGGCGACGGCACCGUCCUGUUCACCUCAUGGCUGUUUCAGCGUAUCGUGCCGCCCGUCCUGUCCUUCAGCCUUGGGAGUCUUGGCUUCCUGACGAGCUUCGAGUUCGAGAAGUACAAGGACCACCUGAACCGCGUCAUGGGCGACGAGGGCAUGCGGGUGAAUCUCCGCAUGCGCUUCACCUGCACCGUGUACCGCGACGGGCCCAUGGGCAACGAAAUGGAGGAGGGCGAGCAGUUCGAGGUUCUGAACGAGCUGGUCAUCGAUCGCGGGCCGUCGCCCUAUGUGUCCAACCUGGAGCUGUACGGUGAUAAUGAGCUCUUGACCGUCGUGCAGGCGGACGGCUGCAUAUUCUCGACGCCGACUGGGUCUACCGCCUACUCACUCUCCGCAGGCGGCUCGCUCGUCCACCCGGACAUCCCCGCCAUCCUGCUCACGCCAAUCUGCCCCCACACCUUGUCCUUCCGUCCCAUGGUCCUCUCCGAUACCAUGCUCCUGCGGGUAUCCGUCCCGCGCAACAGCCGCGCCACGGCCUAUUGCGCCUUCGACGGCAAAGGGCGCAUCGAGCUCAGACAGGGCGAUCACGUCACCAUCACGGCCUCGCAGUACCCGUUCCCCACCGUCGUGCGUACCGAUACCGAGUGGUUCGACAGCGUGUCGCGCACGUUGAGGUGGAACGUGCGCGCGGCGACGCAAAAGGCCUUUGACGCCGGCGCGGCCAACGGGAGUGGUGGUGGCGGCGGCUCGGCGUCGGGCAGCGAAGACGACGAGAGCUGGGACAUUGACACGGAUUCGGCGUACUAUACCAGUGAGGAGAGCAGCAUUGCUGCCAGUCCGCUGAGGAGGCAGAUGAGCAUGUUGGGGUUGUAGAUUCCCUCACCCCGCGGAGGUCCUUUUGUUUUUCUUUCUGUCCAUUUAGUAUGCAUUGCGUUCUCGCGAAGCAUCGGUAGAGUAGGCGCCGUCGGGCUUAGGCGUCGCGUGGCAUGGACUGGCGAUUGCCGUCGCGCAAGGGAAACCGGGACCGGGACUACAAUGG